CAUGACCACAUCGGAAACAAACCAGGCAGAAGUUAACAGAAAAACCAUAAUUCACCAAUCACUUUCAGAUCAUCAGGACAAUCAAUUAAAUUUCAAGUAGGCAUGCUCAAUUUAAUGAAAAGCAUAAAAAUUUCACUUCAAAUCAGUCAUACUUACUUUUGUAUAAAACAGGUUGUUGCGAGGGAUUUUUGGACAAUUGAGUUAAGUGAAUUGAGCUGGAUUCGAUGGAACUUAUUUUCUGGAUUAUAUCGAACUCAGAUUUGCUGGUUCCGUCGAAUUUCAUAAUCGAUGGGCAAAGCAAUUGUUAGUGGUGGUGUGGGAUCCACUUGCAUGGAUUUAGUGUGUUUUCGCCAGAUAGCAUUUGACAUGGCAAAAAUUUUAUCCAUGUCAUCACUUUUUGAAAUUUUGCUCUCCACGUCAUCAAAAAAAAUAUAAAAAAUGCCACGUAAAUAAGGGGAGAUGUCGCCGGCGGCUGGCUUCUUUUCUGGGUUGCAGGGGCGAGGAAGAAGAAGAGCAGAACGUGCAAGUGGCUGGGAGGAAAUUUCUGGGUUUAAAUCUUGUUCUCCAUCAAGAAAGGAAAGGGAAAACUCAAGCUCUUUACCGGUUCUCAAGGGGGAAGCUUCAGCGGCUUUGGGGGGAAGCUUCGGGAGGUUUUCAAGAGCACUUGAGACACUCGGGUUUACGUUCAGAAUCAAAGAAGUUAAUCCUGUACCGUACGAGUCGCUGCCGAACCCUUAUGCUUUGGUGAUUACCGGUGAUGAAGGUGGAGGCUGUGAUGAUGAUGAGAUGCUCAGCAAGGGGAUGGUGAAGAUCCGAGGUGAAAGAACGAAGGUGAUGGUGGCGAUGGUGGAUCUGCAAAAGGGAGAAAAAUCAAUCCCAGUACCGAUCCGCGAGCGCCACAUCAUCUGGUUCGGCUGGCAGCUCGUCCUCGUCCUUCCGUCGCAGUCUACGUCGUUGCUCUCCUCCUCCUCCAUUUUUCAGGCCGAUAUCGCCUCUCCGAACUCCUUAUCUAGCGCGAGGACGAGAUCUCGGGUUUCCUUAAAUAGCUACGAUGGGUAUCCCAAGAUCGACUUCCUCUUCCUCGCCCGUCGGGAGCUACCUCUUGAUUUUCCCUGGAGCACCUUCUUUGAGGUCUGUUUCUCUGUUUUUCAAAUUUGUGUGCGGUUCUCUGCAAAAAAGGAAAGGAAUUUCUGCAGUUUCUUGGUAAAGCUAUAUGAAUUUCAGGAUCUGAAGUUGUUCGGUUUUUGCAGAAUGCUGAUGCUGGUAAUUUCUCUAUUAUAUACACCCUCCGAGCCUGGGUUUGUCUUUGAUUAAUUGAAUUCGGGCUCGCAAUUCUUUUAUGGUCGCCAAUUGAGUAAUAGCAUUAAAGUGAUCAAUGUUCGGCUUUGUAUUUUGAGUUUCAGAUAGUGGAAAGAAGGGAAUUAUGGUUUCGAGUGUUAAGUUUUUGUUGGUAGUGAAAGCAGGGAACUUUUUAAGAUUCAGAGUUGUGAUUUUUCUUCUAUUGUUGGUUGGUGGAUGGAAACUGAAAGGAUGAAUUAGAAACUUGUUAAGUUCAAUGGCAUAUCUGAUUUUGAGUUCGUACAUGGUCUCUUAUUGCAGGUGAGAUGGGGAGAAUCAAGCAUGAUAGAAGUGGAGAGAUUGUUGCUUGCAGUUGCUCUAGAAGACCCAGCGAAUCAAAGAUUUGUCCUGCUUUCUGACAGAUUUCCAAAGCUUGGACAAGGAUUAGUAUUUUGUGUUCCCCUUUACAAUUUUGGUUAUAUAUACAAGUAUCUGAUGGCUUCUCCAAGGAGCUAUAUGGACAGGUAGAGGGCAGCCUGCUUGAUUCUUGAGGUGCCUAUAAUUGAUUCUUUACAAAUGGUUCCAUGAUAAAUGAAAUGAUAGUGUUCUAUCUGUUUUAAGCCUUUUCUGGUUCCUACCGAAGAAAUCACUUCAUUUUGUAGCUUUCUUAAUGUAAAGGAUGGUAGAUACAGCUCAAAGAUGUCAUCUAUCAUUCCAAAAGACAAGUGGCAAAAAGAAUCUCAGGUUAUCCAUUUUCUGUUAUAGAUAACAUUAAAUUAAUGUAGAGAUGGUUGAGUGUUGGGGGAACUGGAUUUUUUAAUGAGCUGCUUUAGAUUCUUCAACUGGAUUUAAAAAGUAAUGGGAAUUGAUUAUUUCCAUCUUUGCCUCUCUUUCCUUCUAAAAAUAGCUGAAGAUAGAGAUGUCCCCUUGUCUCUUUUUCAUGAGUUUUAUAUGUCUUUUUUACUACUACGAUGUAAAAAAUUAAGCUUUGGUUUUAACUUGUUUACAUUUGUAGUGGAUCUCCUUGGCUGUAUAUUUGUUUGAUGAAUAGGAGCACUGCGGAAACUUUAUUUUCCUCUUCCGGUUUCAUUUGUGGCAUCCUGUGUGUUCCUUUAAUUCUACUGUUCUUUUUCUCUUCCUUCAUUGUGCAUCUCAACUAUUGGUUUAAAAGUCUUAAGUGAGUCUCAUGUUUCCUCUGUUUCAACACACGUUGCAUUACCCAGCAUUGUAUAGGGAGUAGGAACAAAUUUAUAAUGGAAUAGAGAAAUGUUGCAAAG